UGGAUUGGGAAAUUUUCCAGGAGGGCACACAAGCCGGGAAGCGAAAGGGACGCGCAAGCUUCAUCCACAAGACCCUCCCUACACCACACACCCACCCUCGAUCUCCUACAUAAUUGCUAACCACGCUGCUGCAAUUCACUCCUCAUCAGUGGCUCAAAGACCUGCACCAAGCAGCUGAGGCAAAGCUAUAGUUUGUCCCCAGCACCUUAGCCUUAGGACUCUCGGCGUUGAUACCGUCUCCGGAGCUGCUGGCAAUGGCGCGAUGCCAGGGGACCGUCGAGAGCCUCUGCCAGGGGCUGCUCGACCUCGACGACGACAGGUUCAGCGCAAUGUGCAGCGCCUUCGGCUACCUCCAGGAGUGGCCGGACCUGGGCGCCAUGUGCGGCGCGAAUCUCGCCGUGCCUGCCGUGGCGGCGGCGGCGGCACCGAGCGCCGGCGACGGCAACGACUCCUCCUCUUGCAGCGGCAGCGGCGGGAUCAGGAAGAGGAGACCGGACGCGUACCUCGAUGCCAAGGGUGGUGCAAACGACAUGAGCAAGAGACCCAGAGGGAAGCAGCUGACUGGCCUCUCUGAGAUCGCGGCGCCCGGGAAAGGGAAGCAGGAGCGGCCAAAGGCUGGCACCAAGAAGAAGGCGGAGGCUGCGUCGACGGCGGCGGCGGCGGCGGCGGCGGCGGCAGCGGCUGCCGGCCAGAAGACCGACUACAUCCACGUCCGGGCCCGCCGCGGCCAGGCCACGGAUAGCCACAGCCUCGCCGAGCGGGUGAGGAGGGAGAGGAUCAGCGAGCGGAUGCGGUACCUGCAGGAGCUGGUGCCCGGGUGCAGCAAGGUCACGGGCAAGGCCGGCAUGCUCGACGAGAUCAUCAACUACGUCCAGUCCCUUCAGAAGCAAGUCGAGUUCCUGUCCAUGAAGAUCGCUGCUUCCAACCCGGUGGUGAGCUUCGACAUCGUCGAGGACCUCUUCGGCCGGCAGCUGAAGCAGGCGGCAGCCCUGCCCGCGAUGGCUCUGCCGGCCGGGCAGCUGGAGCCGUCCUGCCUUCAGAUGAGCCCCAUGCAGCAGGUGCACCCAUCUGCAGCCGCAGGCGGCUCCACUGGCUUUGGGCUUGAGAUGGUCGUCAACAACCUGUACGCGCCCGCCGCCGCGAGCUGCCCUGUGUCCGCUGCGCCGUCGGUAUCGGCGGCUGCCGGACCGUCGACGAUCGAGCCGUGCCUCAACGUGAAUGGAACUGCUGCUGCCUGGGAUAUUGGCGCCCAGAAUUUGUUCAGCGGUUUUGAUGCACAAUUUCAGUCAGUAGAAAGUGACUGUUUGCUAGACAACCUCAAAAUGGAAAUGUAAGAAGAAUUAAUCCUCAUUGCUGGAGUUUUAACCACGGCAAAAUUUGUGGCUGAAGAUUCUUUAUUCAUAGCAACUGUACUAAUGAAGUAAUUCUGUCAGCAAUGGCAAUACAAGUACAUUUCUUGUGUUA